AUGGAGGAGCGGGUCCCAAAUGAAAGUGGUGACAAAAGCGAUGAGCCUCCUCUCCACACUAGAUCCCCACCAUCCGGCAGUGACCUUAUUCCCAAAGCAAGACGAUUUCCAUCACGCAAGAAAUCCAUCAAACACCCAUCUCCCGAAGCCAUUGAAUCUGAAACCUAUAUUAUUCAGAUCCCGAAAGAUCAAAUAUUCAGUACUCCAUCACCAGAAAAUGCUAUAAUCGCGGAACGCCACCGCCUUCCACGAAAGAAGGAUCAGAGGUCUUGUUGCAACCGUUGGUUGUGCAUCAUUGUUGCAUUGAUCUUGCUUGCUCUCAUUAUUGGCAUAAUCGUCUGGACAUUUCACAUUCUUUUUACCCCUAAAGUUCCUCUCUUCACCGUUGUGAAUGUUACUGUCAAAAAACCGCUUUCUACUCAUAAGAAAGCACAUCUUGGGUACCAAAUCACAUUCGAAACAGAGAACCCAAAUGGAAGGUUGAGCAUUUCUUAUGUUAACAAAGGGGAUGCCACAUUAUUAUACAAGAAUCACAAGAUUGGUACAGGAAAAUUCCCUGAGGUUGAUCAAGACGCUGAUAGUUCAAAAAGCAUCGAGUUAGGUCUAUCUGGCUCAAGUGGACCGUUGCCUGACGACGUUGAAACGAGCAUCCAAGACAAAAGGGGGAAAAAACAUGUAUCUUUAUCAAUAAGAAUGGAUGUCCCAGUCACAAUGAAAGGUCUCGGGGGAAUUAAAUUACGGCGUAAGGAAAUCAAUGUUGUUUGUACUUUCAAGGUGAGCUCUUUGGGGGCAGGUAAGGAUGUUCUAUCUCAAAAAUGUCAGUCCAAAUUCAAGUAG